AUGCUUGGCCAUAGUUAUAGUACCUACAAUGCCGUCUAUGCUGUGGCUCAAGCCUUACAUACUGCUUACACAAUUAGGACACAUCAGAACUUACGAAAGGACAGGGAUCAAGUGCAAUCAAAGAUUGUAGAAGCCUGGCAGAGAAUUUCCUUCAAUAACAAUGUUGGAGAUGAAAUUAAAUUAAAUGAAGAUGGAGCAUUACAAGCUGGAUUUGACAUUGUAAACCUGGUCACUUUCCCAAACAACUCUUAUAUUAACAUCCCAGUUGGAGAAAUAGAUCCACAAGCUCCUUCAGGAAAAUCCUUCCUCAUUCAUCAAGACAAAAUCCAGUGGCAUCAUGAAUUCACUCAGCUACCUCCUGUCUCGUUAUGUAAUAAUCCUUGUCCUCUUGGAAAAAGAAAGAACAAGAUCGAAGGGCGGAAGUUUUGCUGCUAUGCUUGUGCUUGGUGUCCAGAAAAGAUGAUAUCCAGACAAAUGGACAUGGAGAAUUGUGACAGUUGUCCAGAGCAUCAAUUUCCAAACCAAGCUCACAAUGAGUGCAUUCCAAAGACACUGAAUUUCCUCUCCUUUGAAGAGCCACUGGGCAUUAUUCUGGUUUCUCUGGCUCUUCUCUUUUCCCUAGUUACAGCUUUGGUGUUUAUAAUCUUUAUCAAGCAACGGGAUACUCCCAUUGUCAAAGCCAACAAUCGCAACCUCACCUAUAUUCUACUUAUCUCCCUCUUCCUCUGUUUCCUCUGUUCACUUCUAUUCAUUGGACAGCCCAAUAAAGCAACCUGCCUUCUCCAACAAACAACAUUCGGCAUCAUUUUCUCUAUUGCAAUCUCUUCUAUAUUGGCCAAAACCAUCACAGUUGUUGUAGCAUUCCUAGCAUCAAAGCCUGGAAGCCUAUUCCACAAAUGGGUGGGGCAAAAAUUGGCCUAUUCUAUUAUCUGGUUCUGCUCCUUCAUUCAAAUAUCUAUUUGUAUUGUUUGGCUGGGAACCUCUCCCCCGUUUCCAGAUUUGGACAUGGAGACACUCCUUGGAGAAAUCAUAGUCAAAUGUCAUGAAGGCUCCAUCACCAUGUUUUACUGUGUCUUGGGCUAUAUGGGCCUCUUGGCUAUUCUCAGCUUCACGGUGGCCUUCCUAGCCAGGAAGUUACCAGACAGUUUCAAUGAAGCCAAGUUCAUCACUUUCAGCAUGUUGGUUUUCUGCAGUGUUUGGUUGACCUUUGUCCCUACCUACCUGAGCACCAAAGGGAAGUACAUGGUGGCUGUGGAGAUCUUCUCUAUCCUGUCUUCCAGUGCUGGCUUACUGGGAUGCAUCUUCACCCCCAAAAUCUACAUAAUUAUACUGAGGCCUUCACUCAACACUAGAGAGCAUUUAAUACAAAAGAAAUGAAAAAGAACAAGAUUGUAUUUUGAACAAGUGAAUACUAAUUGGGUGUAUAUGUGCAGCCAUUUUCAUAUACAAGAAUGAAUGAGUAAUUUGAUGAAGCUGUACAAACAUUUCAAAUAGUUACAUGGAAUAUCUGUGUACAAAUUUGAUUAGUACAUCCAAAAGUAAUUUAUUAGGAAAUAAAUUAUCUAUAU